UUUUUCCCACAUCAAAAUACUUAUGAAAGUCUUAGAAUAUGUCAAGUGAUUACAGAACUAACAAUCGGACAUUUUUGGCACUCGGACAGCCAUUCUCCAUUGUCUCCCUUAAGUGAGUUUUACAACUUUACAACUUCACACAAUAUUUCGUUUGUUUCCAUGGCAACAUAACAAGCUUCAAAUAAAUAUUUUUUAAUUUGAAAUCUUGGCUUGUAAUUAUAGCAGUUACAUUGUUAUAAACCUGUUAUAAAUUCUGUACGGAAAGGUACUUCCAAGACCGGGGAAAUAACAGGUUAAUAAUCGUUAUUUUAUUAUUUAUCUCCUCCACCAGUAUCCAUACCAGCUCCUCCUCCUAUUACAGGAUAGGCUGGUGAGAGUGCCUCACAGCCAUUGCCAGUCUCUGAUUGGACAGCUUGGAAGUCAAUCACAUAGCUGUAGUCACUCCAGCAAACAGUGAUCAGGUCAAGGGCGGGACUUGUUGGAAUACUGGUGUGAAGAAAAAAAUAACUCGUGCAGGACCCUCGAUUACUCAUUCCGUCCAGGUACAGCGGAAGCCAACCGACCUGAGGUGCUCGGCUCCCGUUAUUCUCGUGUGCGUGCGCCAGAUUAUCGGUUGACUUCGAGCGACGCUACCGUGCCUCCUGCAUCAGCCGCGGCUGUGCUUCAUAGGGAAUUAUAGCAGCAGGAAUGCGCAUUAAAUGAUCGCUCUUACGUUUUAGUGCACUCGCGCAGGGGAAAUGAUGCAUUGAGGACCGGCUGCUUUGCGGGCGUUUAUCUUCAGAGCUUCAUUACAUCCACCUCGAACGGCGAACCUAUACAAUGGCUACUCUUUUGCGCAAAAUCGGACUCAUUCGGCUGCACGACCGAGACACGGAGGACCCGAAGCAUCACCACCAGGGCUCUUUGAAAGGGACUAAAGGCAACCAGAAAAACAACAACACGAAGCACUGCAACACCAGCAACGAGACCAACAACAUCCUCAGCACGCCUGAAAUCAAAGCCAGGCGCUUCGACGUGUCCGGCAAGGACAAACCAGUCGUCAAACAGGACAAACCGAUCAAGGACACGAAAGAGAAGCAGCAAACGGCGGGCAGCAAGGCGACGAGCGGCUCCGUGAUGCUCCCGCCGGCGGCGAACCGACAACACUGCACGCAGGUGCGGACGCGGAGGCUGAUGAAGGAGCUCCAGGAGAUUCGUCGGCUCGGCGACAGCUUCAUCACGGUGGAGCUGGCGGACGAUAACCUCUUUGACUGGAAUGUCAAGCUGCACCAGGUGGACAAGGACUCUGCGCUGUGGCAGGACAUGAAGGAGACCAACACCGAGUUCAUAUUGCUGAAUGUCACCUUCCCCGACAAUUUCCCCUUCUCUCCUCCGUUCAUGCGCGUCCUCACGCCGCGGCUGGAGAACGGAUACGUGCUGGACGGAGGCGCGAUCUGCAUGGAGUUAUUAACGCCCCGCGGCUGGUCGAGCGCGUACACCGUCGAGGCCGUGAUGAGGCAGUUUGCUGCCAGUCUGGUGAAAGGACAGGGUCGCAUCUGCAGGAAAGCAGGCAAGUCUAAGAAAGCCUUUAGUCGCAAGGAAGCUGAAGCAACCUUCAAGAGUCUUGUCAAGACCCAUGAGAAGUAUGGCUGGGUCUCUCCUCCCGUGUCCGACGGCUGAUGUCAGCAUCUUCGACGGCGAUCCCGACAUGGUGUUUUUCAGUUGGGUUUUCUUCUUUUUCAUCAUCAAACUUAACUACGACAAAAAAACAAAACAAAAACAACAACAAAAGCUAGCGCGUCAUAUCUCACACAUCAACGUGGCACAUUGAGCAUCAUUCCGUCCUUCACUCUUCUUCAUCGAGGUGCCAUGGACCGAACACUCGCUGCAACAUCACAAUUACUCAUGAGUGGCCGUCACUGCAGCUACAUACAGCUAAAGACUCCGGAUACGACUGAGGCUCUAAGCAAAAUUAAAUGUGCACCAAUCCUCCCUCUAUAUACUGUCUGUCUGUCUUGCUUCUUUUCUCCACCAUCUAUCCCUCGUUCUUUUAAUAGCUGACAAUGACUUGCGCUGAACAGCAUCAGACCUGCCCCCCAUUUACAUGCAAAUGACUUUGUUAACACUUAAUAGAUAAGCAGAUCAUCACACUACAUUCGAGGUUCAGUUUUGCUGGUUUCCUCCUCAUUGACUGUGCUGUUUUUCACGGUUGGAUGCAACUUGAUGAUUGUAAUUUAUGUAGAGCUGUGCUCUUUCUUUUCCUCUGUGCGCGUGGCGAAAUUUAGACAUCACUGUGUUGCGUAGAUGGUGAUUGAUUUCCAAUGGAGAAAAAAAAAAUACUCUAGGGCUUUGUUCAGACAGGCAGCAAAUAUCUGAUUUUUUAGGCAUAUCCCAUUCAAAUUCAAUUACAGUUUUGAAGGCUGAACAUCACAUCAAUGUGAUUUGAAAUUUCAAGAUCCAAAUCAAUGUUCAGUACAUUUCUCCUCACAUAGCAAACCAUGUGACUGUAAAUGAGUGCACGAGUCAGCAGUAUAUGCAUGGAUGCAUAAAAAUGCCUCUUGCGAGUCUAGCACCACCACAUGAUAGACACGAGCAGAGGAAAUAUUCCCAGUUUUCCAUCCUCUCGUUCCACAUUGACAGCUGCUCUCGGUUGUCUGGCGUCGCACUGGAUUUCCACAACACAGUCUGAACAAACACCAGAUUUCAUCACUUACAAAAUGGCAGACUCUCAAUCCCAAAAUUGCGAAUUGGAUUGGCGUGCAGUGUGAACAAAGCCUUCUUCGCUAAUACAGAGGUCCAAGAUUUUAAAAAACAAAACAAACAAAAAAAGGCAUAAACCACCUCUGUUGAUUGUUUUAUUAUUUGUUUUCGGAGAAGACCAAAAGCUCUUAAUUCUAAUGGUUUAGAUACCAGAUGGCAUUAGUGAAUGUCAGCGUCCCAGUGGGAUCUUGGCAUUGGCGAGAAAUAGAGAGAGGCAUGUGACAGACAUAGUGAUGUUUGCAGAGCACCGAACAACAGGACAUGGCCGACCAAGCAGACCCGACCUCAUGUUAAAAUAUUGCAGUAUCUUGGCACUUUCACAUGCCGAUGAUCAAACACGAUCAAAAAUUAAUUGUGUUGAUUCGCUUGUACUAUUUGGGCUUGUCAUUAAUCGAUAUGCUUGUGGUUGUCGGCCUGAUUCCUCCACCCUGCACUGACUCUGCAUCACUUUGCCGUGUGCUUGAUCAAUACUAGACUAGAACAUCGGUAAACAGAACAAAAUGGCUGACAGCCCGGGAUGCAAGAUCUCACGACUGCGUAAAUCAGCCUGCGAAGCUCCGUUAUGACUCUGACAAGAGGCAGAUGAAGAAGGACAGAGGUGAAGAGAGAGACGCUGAGGGGGCGAUUCCUUUGUUCAGAAACCUUGAGGAAUGAGGGCGGCUCGUUUAGUUGCCUGAUUGAUGCUCUCCGAGAGACGCAGCUCCACGCCUUGAUGUUUAUUGACUUCUCCUUCAAAUGUCAGCGUGAAUCUGGAACAGCUCGACUGCAUCUUGUGAGCGGUGAGAUGCAGAAGAAGCUCUGUUUGUUUUAGAUCCCACCCUAACCAUGGUGCUCUCCACACGGUGUGUUUGUGUAAUACAAAUGUAGUCGAGGAGGCGAUAUUAUAUAAGGCCUGUUAGAUGAGGAAUUCACACAAAAAAUGUUCAUUCUCUCAGAAACGUUUUUUAACCGUAGUGCAGUUUCAAGUGUGUAUGGCUCUCUUUAGUCAUUGAAAUUGGAAAAGUGUGUAGUGGCUGCUCUUUCUCCAUUAAAUUGUCAUUCUUAAUUGUCAGCUGUUCUCUGAAGGCAUGAGUGUUUAAUACAAGGAAAGAUCUCAAUUUAAAGGGGUGUUUACAUGACACUGAACUAAAAACUGAAAAUAUUUUCUGUAUUUUGUCCAUUUCUGAAAAUGCAAAUGAUUUUUUUUAUCAUCUAAACCAGUGUUUCUGAACCAUGGUUCUGGUUGACCACCAACACAAGAUUUCUUCUUUGUCUGUCAAACCCAUCACAGGUCUUUCACUCCCUGCUAAUGAGCUGAUGAUCUGGAUCAGAUGUGUUUGGUUAAGGGGACAUGGAAAAUAUGUACAGUUGGUGGUCUUCCAGAAACAUGGUUGAGAAACACUGAUCUAAACUACGAAAAUACAAAUUUGCGGUUGCCGAGAGAGCUUAACGUGCUGCAAAUUAAGAAAACACAUGCAAUUACAAAAAAUGCUUGCAAAUUGAGAAAAGAUCUUCAUCAGUUUGACAGUACACGUGCUGCAAUUCAUCACAACACAAACACAUUUAAAAAAAAACGCACUACAACGUAAACAUUUUACAAAAAUGCACUGCAUUUUUUCACAACACAUUGGAAAUGUUUCAAGGAGACCCUAAAACAUAACAGACUCUUUUAUUUAUGUUAUGGUUAUUUAGGCUAAUAAAUACUAAAAAAAACGGAAAUCAGGUUAUUAAAAUAAACAAACAAAAACUUACCUGUCAAAGAUCACAUACGUCCGAUUCACACGGGGCUUUAGCGUCAACGGUUGACAGAGGGCGUGUCUGAAGAUUGUCACAGCAGCAUCAGUCAAUGAAAUUAGUUCGCAAUCAACUACUGUCUAAGCUGUUGUAUUUGCAUGAGGGAAUCUAAUUGGCUGACGCAUCCUUUGGCACUUAAAAAGCUGAGUUCACAAAUUCUGCAGUGAGCUACGCCACUGAAGCGGCUCCGACGUAUCCACAAUGCAGUUUAGCAACGCUUGACUUCACCCAUUCAAAGAGAAUGGGAAGCGUCACAACUUUACUGAGCAAUAGUCAUGGCACAGCGCUGUCUGUCACGUUUUUUUUUUUUUUUUUUUACAUUUCCGUUGUGUUGCGUUCUUUUUCUGUUUUGAGAAAAUGCAGCGUUUUUUAUUUUCGCGUUUUUUUUUUUUUUUUUAUGUGUUUACGUUGAGAUGAUUUGAAGUACGUGUAUGGGCAAACUGAUGAGGAUCUUUUUUCAAUUUGCUGGUGUUUUUGGAAAUUGCAUGUGUUUUCUUCAAUUGCAGUAUGUUAAGCUUUCUCGGCUACCCUAUAAACAUUGACAGGAGCACAUGCAAAUUAUGUGUUGAGUCUACCAUCAGUAGUUUUAAAGGUGCUAUAUGAAAUAUUUAUUUAGUACUAUUAUUAUCAUGCACAGGUCUUUAACAACCAUGGGCCUGUAUGGCAUCAUUUUGACAAUUACAUUUGUUUGUACAUUGUCAUAAAUAUACACAAAGUAAAGGACUAAGACAGUCUACAGUCUGGUGCCACAUUUACUCAAAAAACAAAUUUUGCUGCUUGUUCAACUUACUAAAAAUGAGUUGAAAAAACACAAUUCUUAAAUUUUUGGGGACAACUUAAUUGUUUUAUGUUCAAUCCCAUUAAGCUUAAUCUUUUUGUUUUGGAGCACCAUAAAGGAAUUGUGUGGACCCAACAUUUCUUACAGUGUUUGAUAUCAGCGUGGGUGGCAUGGCUCAGUGGUUACCUCUGUCGCCUUACAGCAAGAAGGUCCCAGCUGGACUAGUUGGUGUUUCUGUGUGGAGUUUGCAUGUUUUCCCCAUGUUGGUAAGGGGUUUACUCCGGGUGCUCCGGUUUCCCCCACAUUCUAAAAGACAUACGCUAUUCUUGAACUGGGUAAACAAAAUUGGCCGUAGUGUAUGAGAGUGUGUGAAUUAGUGUGCAUGGGUGUUUCCCAGUAAUGGGUUGCGGCUGAAAGGGCAUCUGCUGCAUAAAACAUGUGCCGGAAUACUUGGUAGUUAAUUCCGCUGUGACGACCCCUGAUAACUAAAGUACCAAAUAAGGUUUAAAGGAAGAUGAAUGAUGUCAGUGUUUUGACAUCAUUAUAACUGCUGAUAUGAUAAAUCCUUGAUGCUUUUAGUUUAAAAUCCCUCGUUUGUGCGUUGUAUACUUGGUGGGCCACCCAAAAUAAUCACAUGACUUCAGAAGACUCUAAUAUGGCGGUAGGAGAUUAUGAGUAUGAUUUUAUCUUAAUAUUUUGUCAUUUUAAAACAUGACAGCCUUGAUCUACACUGACUGUCAUUAUAUAGAGAAGAACAACAGUUUGCUUCUUGUCGAAAGAAAGCCAUACACAUUUGACUUCAUUUUGAAUGAACUACUACUUAAAAAAACAACACUACGAGGUUGAAAAUAAUCUAUUUCCAUGUUGAUACACAUAAUAUUUCAAGGGUAAUCUUCUCCAGAUAUGGAAACAGCAUGUGCCAAAAGCUUAAUGUACUUUGUCACCAUUUCCUUGUGUGUUUUCCUGUGUGUAACUGCUGCGCUCUCAGUAGAAAGACUCUCUGCUAUCACUGACGGUUUCAAAUGUCACAUGAGAAGCUGCUAAUUAAUACGGCAUUUGAACAAAAAAAAAAAGGCGAAAAAGACGAAGACACUGCUGUGUAAAUGAUAAAACCGCAAAUUCUGAUGCCCUGAAGGAAGAUGACUGUGGAAACAACACUGUAUGAUGAUGCGUUAUUGAUAUUUAUUUCUGUCUAGUAGUUUUUGUGUUAUUAAUAUUAAGGUUAUCCAUUAUAAUAAAUGGAGUGCUAUGAAAAGUGGCAAACACUAAUUUUGCUGUAUGCAGUGGUGUUCAUGGGAAAUGAAGUUCAUGCUGAUCACUGGAGAACUUAUAUUUCAUGUUCGUAUCAAUGCAGCGAUUGUAAAAAACAAACAAAAAAAACAAACAUGCGUAAACCCUGGUGUGGGUGGCUUAUUGCAGAUUUCUGUGUGAUCGCAGAUGGUGUCUCUUAUCACUACUGAAGUGCAUUUGGUCUUCUCCAGACUCUUGUUUGGACAUUACUGAGAAGUGGUCGUGUGUUUUCCUAUUUAGCGAGAGGAGAUACUAUACCAAGGACUUACUAUAACCAGUCGAAAAUAUCGCGAAAUUGGAUGUUUUCUGGUUUAAAGCAUAAUUUUGUGAUAUAGUUUAGCGCCGUAGUUUGCAGAAACUAACUAACAGAGUUAAUCGUCCAAACGAGUGAGAUAAUUCUGUUGUAUUAUAUCUGCAUGUGGUCUGUGAUUGUUAGCUAGCUAACUUUUCUUUUUCCUCUUCGUUUUUGGGUUUCGUUUUUUUUUUUCAAAAAUGCAAGAAAGUAACGAAAAAGAGCAGAAGCCGCUUCUUUGUACUUUUGGGUUCGUUCCGUUUGUCCUGGUUUUUCUUUAUUAAUGUCCUUAAAUGUCAAAUUGUGUUCUAUGAAUGUGUUUUAAUUUAUUUGUAGUUUGCCAAAAUGAAGAUUUUGAAGCAUGUUGCAGGCAUUGUCACUGAUGAUAAAAAGAGAAAGAAAAUAAAUGGAAAAAAAAUAUUAAUAUAUGUACCUGAAUUGAAAGGAGUCUGGUAUAUGUAGUGAUCUCAGGCUUUCACGGGGUGAAAGGUAAAAACUACAAGACAAUGUGUUUUCUGCACUGCGUGAACAUCAUGCCAGGAUGUGGUCAGAGCAAAACCAAACAGGAAUGUGCAAUAAAGGCUGUAGGCUGAUUCCACCCUGGAA